CGCCAAGAGCCCAAGCGAACACUAAGAAAUCCCAAGCCAGUCCCCGCCGCAUCACGAUGUGCAUGAAAGUGGAGUGCCCCACCUGCCACAAGGCCACGUGGAAGGGCUGCGGCCAGCACAUCGACGCCGCGCUCACCGGCGUGAAGGAGGAGGACCGCUGCCCCAACUGGAAGACGGGCAAGCACUAAACGCCCUCCUGCCAGUCCGGAGAGGGAGCGAGGGAGGGGGCGUGCCUUUAUAACCUCAUGAGAUGAGAGCGCCGACAUCUUCAAGCAGAUAGGGGAUAGGAACGGAGAUGCCGCUAAAAUAACACGACAAGUUUAUUCCAC